GUUCCUUCUCCUGCGCCAUCAUUGACUAUCUUCACUUAGCAUUCAACCACUCAUACCCAACAAUCAUGCUCGAAUCAUGGCACAUCGUGACAACCUCGAUACCGCUCUCCUUCCUUUAUACCAUCUCUAUUGUCAUCUACCGACUCUACUUCCACCCCCUCGUCCACUUCCCCGGUCCAUGGCUCGCCAAAACGACAUAUCUCUACGAGUGGUACUACGAUAUUUACCUUCCGGGCCAGUUCACCUUCAAACUAAAAGACUUGCACAAGAGAUACGGCCCCAUAAUCAGGAUCAAUCCCGACGAAGUCCAUAUAAAUGACCCCGAUUUCUUCGACGAGUUGUACAGCCAAAGGAAUGGACGGGCAGUAAAGCCACGACGGACGGCUGAAGCUUUUGGGCCUUAUUCUUCUACGCUCGCGACUCAAUCCCAUGAACUACAUCGCAUCCGACGAAGUGCUAUCAACCCCUUCUUUUCGAAAAAGUCGGUCGUUGAUUUGGUCCCGGUCAUCAGGCGACCGAUUGAUAUGCUAUGCGAACGGCUGAAAGAAGUCAGUAGGGAUGGAGGGACGGUGAAUUUGAAGUACAUGUUUGCGGCGGUUACGUUGGAUAUUAUCAAGGAUCAUUGCUUUGCGAGGGAGCCGGAGAGCGUCCUCAAGUCCGAUUUUGGUCGUAAGGGGUUUGAUGAUGUGAAUGGGUUUAUAGCUGUUAGUCUUUGGAAUACUCAUAUGCCCUGGAUUAUGCGGCUUACUUAUUCGCUGCCUGACAGUGUCAAGAAGAUACUAUCGCCCACCAUGGCAGAUGUUCUAGCCUUUCGAUUGGAUCUUUCACGACAAGUCGAAGCUAUUCGUCAUGGUCAUGAUAAAUCGUACGAGAAGGUUUAUCAUAGGACGGUGUUUCAUGAGCUACUUGAGAGCAAGCUACCCGCCAAUGAAUUGAAACGAGACAGACUUCGAGAUGAGGCAUUUAGCCUGAUUACUGCUGGCUCGGGCACAACAGCGUAUGUGCUUCUUGGAACUGCUUAUCAUGUAGCCGCCAACCCAGCGGUGCGUCAACGCCUGUAUGAUGAGCUCCGCGCCGUCAUUCCUGAUCCAUCCGACCUUCCAACGCUAGCAGAACUGGAACGACUACCAUACUUAACCGUCAUCAUCCAAGAAGGACUCCGUCUCUGUGGACCCGUGACUCACUGUAUCCUUCGACAAUACCCCGACAAGGCCAUAUCCUACCAGGGCUACGUGAUCCCGGCUGAUACCACGGUGGGAAUGACUGGGGUUCUCAUUCACCAGAAUGAGAAGAUUUAUCCAUCACCACACCUCUUUCAACCCGAACGAUGGCUGGCAGACGGCAAACGCCUGGAGCGGUACCUUGUUCCGUUUAGUCGCGGGUCCCGCGCCUGUCUGGGAAUCAAUCUGGCCCGCGCCAAGCUUUACUUGAUUCUCGCGGUGGUCUUCCGGCAGUUUGACUUUGAUGUGUCCCGGGUGAACAGGGAGCGCGACAUUGAUUGGAGCCGGGAUUACCUGCUGGGAGCGCAAGCUCGUGAUUCUCCGGGCAUUCGUGUCCAAGUCAAACACGCCGUCUAGGUGAUACACGAGCUAACUUCCAUGAAGCCCUACAUUCGUUUGACACUAUAGGGAACACUCGUUGUAUUGACUUGGAGCAAGCUUUAUCCAUUGGCUCUUGUCACUCGCAAGACGCAUCAGACUCAGCAAGCUAAAUUAUCCAACUCAACAGAAUAAUACAACUGCAAAUUGCACUUGGAGUACUCUGUAUACAAUACGCGCAAUCAAAC